AUGGGUGAUUCCUGUCAUCCCAACUUACUCAGUCGAGUAACACCCUCCUUUCUUGGCGAUGAAGGGGAUAAGCUACUCCUGCACCAGGUGCAGGAAACGCUGAAAGCGGGCCAGAUGCCCAAGUACAAGUACUUUCAUGCUCGUUUGUUGGAAUGCUAUCGAUUUCUUGAGAGAGAAAAUACAGCCCUGCUGAGGGCUGUGCAGAAAAAUCAACCAAUCAGCGAAUCACCUAAGCAGAUUGAAGAACUGCUAGACGAGUUUGCCUUUAAAGUGGCCCGCAAAAAGGACGCUCACGAGAAACAGGCAAUCCGGCAGGCCAGCAUCGAAGGUCGUCAGGCCUUCAUGGCGAAACGGUGGAAGAGUCGCUAUUACAGUCUCGAGAGAUUGGAUUGGAUUGUGGACGAAGUGAAACGCCUGCUCACUCCCUCUUCCAUAUACUUCCAAGUUUCAGCUCAUUCAGGCAGGGCUGUAGAGGAUUUGAGCUGUGACGAGGGCUACAGCAGUGAUAUCAAAUACAGCGACUAUGCAGCCAAUGAUUUUGUUGUUCCGGUGUCUAGCAUCUUCCUGGUGGACCUACUGGCAAACCAUUUGGUGUGUGAACAGAGGCUGAAACAACAGGCAGACUCUAAACCCCACUUGAUGCACAUGCUCCGGAGGGAGAAAAAACGUCGAAAUUAUCAAAAGAAUCAGUGCAGCCGUCUGGAGGACGAAGUUUUUCUCAUGGAAAACCCGCCAGCCAAGGUACAGCAGCCCGACGCCGCAACCGUAGCACAAUGCUUCAUUUUCGAUGCCGUUUGCGGCCCUGAAAGUGGAAAUUACGAGGUCUUUAAAAACCUCGAGUUACUCGUCACUAUGGUUCUCCACGGGCAGCCCGUGAGUUUGCUGGUUUGCGGACCGGAUGAGAGGGAGAAUGCCCGCACGCUCUACGGCAGGACGGAUGACGGCGGGGCAGAGCCGGGUUUGGCACAACUUUGUGUCAGUCAGAUUUUUGAUGCGUCUAGAAGAAGGAAUCGUUGGACUUUCACCUACCACGCUUUCGCUCUGAUCUGCGGUGGCAGUGAAGUAUACAACCUGCUGGCCGAUCACCCUAAAAGAACGUCGAUAGAUAUCACUCCCGAUGCCAGCAAAUUCAUCCAGGCGGGAACUGUUUGCCUGCGGAUCGCAUCCCCUUCCGACUUCCAGUCCAUGCUAGUGUGGAUAAAUGACCGGGGCAGAUCUGUUAGACGUCCACCCGGUUAUCUAUUCCUUCUGCUGCGCAUUCACGCCCAGCAUACGGGUGAUCCAGAUCGAUUCGUGACCUCGUGGCUCUAUCUGGCCGACUUAUCUAGCUGUCAGCAGCCAGAAAAAACGCAACCUCUCUCCGACCCAGAGGGUAUUGACCGUGCUUGUGGCAGGGCUGUGGGCAGGCUGAACUCCCUGUUUGUUGCACUGCGCUGGAGAAAGCGACCCAAUUUCGGAGAAUGCCCACUGGCUCAGUUGAUGCAACCUAUGCUGACAGGGCUGUGUAGGUGUUUGAUAGUCCUGUCAGUUAGUGCCAAUCCGGUCCACUUUCAGAAAACACUUGCUUAUCUUCAGUUUGGCACUAAUGCUGUUCAGGCGACUGUUGAAGCGAAUGGAUCAGGCAGGUGGAAGCCUGUCAGUCCUCUCAAUAACUGGUGA